CGGGUGGGUUUGCGCAGGGAGCCCGCUGGAUGUAGAACCGCUCUCUCCAGCCCGUCCUUCAAAACAUCUGGAGGGCUCCAGAGGAGCGAAAUGGGCGGCUGUAGACUUAGGCAGAGAUGGCCAAGGGAGCUUUGUCUCGCUGGAUCGCCAGCCAAACAGGAACCGAGCAAUAGGGGAUGAGUCGCCAGAGAAAUUCCCAUGCGUUGGAAUCGAAAUGCCUGAAAAACGCAGGUGGUAUCGUUCAGGGGGGGAGGGGGAAAAAUCGUGGUCUUCCUUGCUUUUAGGCUUGAACUCCUUAAAGUGCCCGCAACCCCGCCAGCAAAUACGCUUUCAACGGACGGUGUCUGAGGAGGACGGGAAGGAUUUGACCCUGACGGUGAACAAGGUUCCGAUGCUGGUUGACCAUCCUCUAGUUUCAGGACCGAUAUUUACCCACUUGAAAGUUGGAGCUGGCCAUCGGCUGGAUACCCAUUCCUCUGGAGUGUUUCUGCUCGGCGUGGGUCACGGCACCAAGAUGCUCACAGACUGGUAUAAUGCACAUCUGACCAGGACAUACACUGUUAAUGGCGUGUUUGGCAAAGCCACUGAUGAUUUCUCAGACAGAGGCAAACUGAUUGAGAAAACCACGUUUGACCAUAUAACCCAGGAGAAGCUGGAACGGAUUAUUUCUGUGAUCCAGGGAUCCCAUCACAAGGCUUUACUUCAAUGUGCUAACCUUGAUCUGAAAACUCAAGAAGCUUACGAGCUGGCUGUGAAAGGAUUAAUUCGGCCCAUGGAGAAAAGCCCACCUUUGAUUACUGCAGUGCAAUGUCUCCGUUUUGCACCACCUGAAUUCCAGCUGGAAAUUCACUGCUUGCACGAGACCCAACAAUACCUCCGCAAGAUAGUUCACGAAAUAGGGUUGGAACUAAAGUCUUCUGCUGUGUGCACGCAAGUGAGACGGGUACGGGAUGGCGUGUUUGUGCUGGAGGACGCCCUCCUGCGGACCCAGUGGACUCUCCCGAACAUCCAGCGUGCAAUUCUACAGUCCAAGCAGAAAGUAGACGCUGAACUUCAAAACAGUCUUGCACACCUGAAGCCCAGGGCUGAUUACAAAAGAGGCUGGAUCUGACCCAGCUCCGGAAGGCAGACAGCAAAGUGCAGCAGAAAAUGCUUUGCCAGCAAUCUCAAGGGAAAAAAUGAGGAUACUGGAAAAGCCGUACAAAACAUUCUGGAAUUCCAACCUUUGGAAAGUUCCAACUUGGCUUGUUCCUCUCGAAAACUGUAUUCAAUAUGUCAAAGAUAGUUGCAAUUUUUUUUGAGAGAGACGCAGAAGGAACGAGAGAAGGACGAUGAAUCGGACACCGUGCCCAGAUCCAGCACAAUAAAAUUAGUCGCUGUGGGUGAAAUUUGAUACUUCAAAGUAAUGGAUUGAUUGUUACUACAGUAAUGUAUUUCAAACACCAACAUCUUGAAUUUCUGUUAAGAUAAGCUGUUUGGUCUCUUCCUAGCCCCGAGAUAAAAUUUGUUGGUGACUAAAUGCAACUCAAAAGUUUUGAUUUUCUUUUUUUUAAUUUAUGCACAUGUCUGUGGAAAGCAAGGUCUGGAUUUCAUCAGAAUUAUUCUCCUUUCUCCAUCGCUGCAGGAAGACAUGGAGGGACACUGUGCACGCAGCCAUUACAUAAAUUAACUGAUGAGGCACAUGGUCACACAAAGGAAUCUGAACAGUGCUUGAAAGCUAGUCUUUGGUAGUUGCAGCUGGGUAGGGAAUGGAGAUAUCAUUUCAAAGGCAACUCUCUUUAAAUUGAGAAAUGUAUAUUUUUUUUAUAUAUAUAAAAAACCAGUCUCAUACAACCAGGACAUCUCGCAUUAAAAAUUGAGAAUUGUCUUUAAUGUUAUAACUUUGGAAUGCAAGACCUCUGCAGAUCUGCGUUGAAAGCCUUGAAUUGCCUAUAUUAGCAAGAUAACGAGAGCUAAUAUUUCACCCCCAAACACCAACAUAAAUUAGUUGAGAUUCCAACCUCCUUGCACGAAGGAAAGGAAACCACUUUUAAGUCAAUGCAUGUUCAUUUUUCGUCCCCCGUGCAACAGCCCCCUUAAUUUCAGCGUCAAAGCUGAACCACCUCACAAAUGCUUUUAAAACUCAUUGCCAAGCAAGUUAUGCAUCACUUUUAUAGACGAUUUCAUUUUCGCUUUCCUCUCAACAACGUGUUCUGAACUAUGGUCUUAUCAACAGCCGUCAUUUGAAGGAGGCUGCAUUCCAGCAAAUUGUU